UUGCCCUACACAGUAAUUAAUUUCUAUUUUAAUUUACUUCGAUAAUUACAACUGAUAUCGCACACAGAAACUAUGCUCGCGUCUAAAGUGUUAUACUUGGCCUUCCUUCUAUCUACUGUCUUAAUAGGCUCCACGCCGUUUGACGACUACCAAAGUCAAACGGCGGCGAUUCUUGAGCUUCUAGGCAGGAAGGAAGCCAAUCGCUCACUUAUAAAAGUUGUUUCAGACUGCAUGGGAAAGACUUUUAAUAUUAACGGAAAAUCUCAGGAUUUCCUCCGUUGUGUAAAUGACUCACUCCACACCGAUGAUCUCACAAAUGCUGAUGAUAUUAGGUUCAUUUUAGGAAAUUACGUCGUCAGAUCAUCAAUUCUACUUUACAAAUGCUACGCUAAAAAAAGUGACAUAAUCUACUGUUUAAAGGUGUUUGGAGAUUGUUUGCCAUUACUAAUGAGGAAUUUGUUCGGGUUUAGUGACUAUACUCGAAGGUGCAGAAGGCUGAUUCAUAUGCCUAACUACGACAAGGAUGACGGCUACUUAAAGGAUGAGGACGACGAUUAUGACAAGGAAUAUGAUCCAUACGACGAUUACGAUGAUGACUACGAUGACGAUUUUGAUGACGAAGAUCUGGGCGAUUAUGACUAUGACGUUGAUGAAGAAGAUGAAGGCGCAUUCAGCGAUUUUCUAAGUGAAAGAGCUAAAGACACUGGUUCUCCCACUAUUAGUGUCAAAUCUGAUAGUGGCUCAAGAGAUGCUGAUAGUCUGGAUAAUAGUGCACUGGAUAACGUUGCACUUGGUAAUAUUUUACUGAGUCUUGACCCUAAUUUUACACACAGUAAUGUUGACAUUGAUGCUUCACAAACUCUUAUUGACGCCAAUGUUACACAGGAUAUUGAUGACCCUAAUCGUGCACAUACUAGUAUUGACCCUAACUUUACACACAGUAAUGUUGGCAUUGAUGAUUCACAAACUGUUAAUGACCCCACUGGUACACAGGGUGUUAACGACCCCACUGGUACACAGGGUGUUAACGACCCUAAUCGUACAUAUACUGUUAAUCCCGGUGUUACACAUGGUCCUGGUGCCCCUAAUCUUACAUAUACUAUUGUGGAUCAGAGUGCUACACAGGACAAUACCGUCCCUGAUCCUAUUUUGCCGGAUAACAGUUCUGGUGAUUCUAUUGAAGUACUAGGACCUGAUGACCAACAUUAUCAGUAGUCUUAUGUCAUUCCAUUAUUGUCAAUUCACACAUUAAUCUCCAAUAAUAGCAACACACUUAAAACAAUGUAAACAGACUUAAUAGUUGGUUAAUUUGUAAUAUAAACUAAA